AUGGCGUCACCGAGAUUUCAACAUGUCAAAAUUCGGAGGAUGUUCUUGCUCCCCAUUGUGUCUCCUCCUCGCUACACGGGGCGAGAUAGGCAAAAACGACACACGAAAGAGCACAAUCCAGAACACAGCCACGGAAGGGCGAGCACCACUUCCGGGGGCGCAGCGGGAGAGCAGAAGCAGUGGCUGGAGCAGGAGGAGCCCCCAGCAGGAGGACCCCAGCAGGAGGAGAGCCCCCAGCAGGAGGAGACCCCCCCAGCAGGAGGAGCCCCAGCAGAGAGCCCCCCAGCAGGAGGAGCCCCCAGCAGGAGGAGCCCCCAGCAGGAGGAGCCCCCCAGAGGAGCCCCCAGCAGGAGACCCCCCAGCAGAGAGAGGCCCCAGCAGGGGAGGAGCCCCCAGCGAGGAGGAACCCCCCCAGCAGGAGGGAGCCCCCCGCAGCAGAGAGCCUCCCAGCAGGAGGAGGCCCCAGCAGGAGGAAGGCCCCAGCAGGAGGAACCCCCCAGCAGGAAGGACCCCCCAGCAGGAGGAACGCCCCCAGCAGGAGGACCCCCCAGCAAGGAGGAGCCCCAGCAGCAGGAGGACCCCAGCCCCAGGAGGAGCCCCCAGCCCCCCAGCAAGGAGGACCCCCGCAGGAGGAGCCCCAGCAGAGGAGCCCCCAGCAGGAGGAGCCCCCAGCAGGAGGAGCCCCCAGCAGGAGGAGCCCCCCCAGCAGGAGGAGCCCCCCCAGCAGGAGGGAGCCUCCCAGCAGGAGGAGCCCCCAGCAGGAGGAACCCCCCAGCAGGAGGAACCCCCCAGGCAGGAGGAACCCCCCAGCAGGAGGCAGAGGACGUCGGGUCGUGA